CCCGGCGUCACGCCACGAGCGCGCAAGACGACGGAUGCGGCGGCCACGGCUCAUCCGCGGCCUGCCUCCCAGUUCCACAAGCAAGCAGCAUCCAACCUUUCUUCCACCAUUGCGAUCGAUGAGGUUGUAGCUAUCUGCCAGCGUCUUCUUCGUGGGUCGUCCUCUCCUCGCGAGCCAGCGGCGCGCACUAGCACCUGAGCGCGCGGUCGGUUCGCAUGGAGGUGCACGCCAUCACCGCCACGCCGCGCGCGGGCGCGGAGUCCAUGUUCCUGCCGUUCCUGGCGAUGUUCGCGUCCAUCUACCUCGUCGGCUUCUUCAUCGUCUUCCGCGGCUGGGGACCGCGGCACCGCGCCGAGGCCGCCAGCUGCUUCACCUCGCUCUUCCACGGCACCCCCGCGGCGCUGCUCGCCCUCCGCGCCGUGCUGUCCCGCCAUCGCGCCGCCGGCGGCAGCCUCCCAGCGCUCCUGGCGGCGCCCAACGCGGCCGCCGACGACCUGGUCCUCGACUUCAGCACGGCCUACUUCGCCGUGGACCUGGCGCACUACCUCCUCUUCCUCCCCGGCGAGGCCCUCUUCGUCGCGCACCACCUCGCCACGCUCUACGUCCUGGCCACCUGCCGCCACGCCGCGGGGGCCGGCGCGGGCGCGCUGCUGCCGCUCGAGGUGCUCGCGGAGGCCACCAGCGCCGCGCAGAACGUGUGGACGCUGGCGGGCAUGCGGCGCCUCGACUCGCCGCUGGCCGCCCGGGUGCACGCCGCGCUGUCGCCGCCGUUCUACGCGGCGUACACGGCCGCGAGGGCCGCGCUCGGCCCGGCGUGGUUCGUGAGGAUGGUGAGGUUCUUCUACGAGUCCGACGGCGGAGGCGGCCGCGUGCCGGCGUGGGCGUGGGCGUCGUGGACGGUGGUGAUCGGCGCCGGGAUAGCGGUGAGCAUCCUGUGGGUGGGCAACCUGUGGCUGGCAUACUUCAGGGAGAGGAAGGAAAGCAAGCAGCUGAGGAGCAGCAAGCAGCAAUGACCAAGUUCUGGAGCAUUUCCAGUCAUUCAUUUUGCUGUUCAGGGCCAAAACAAUUCAUGUUUCCAUUGGUUGGAUUGGAUGUUGUCAUCGUGUAGUAUUUUGUUAACUUGGAAGAGGAUUGCUCUUCGGAUCUUUGAAUGAGACAAGUAAAUUC